AUGUCCUAUUCUUCUAAUUUCCCAACUCCGAAUCCCCAUGGAAUCCGCUCCAAUUCUAAGUGGGGCCCCGGCGCCAUAUGGCUGCGCAUUGGCUGCGAAAGAUGCCAGCGUCUGAGUAAGGAAUGUCGGCCUGCGCCGACAGUUCGCAAGCGCAAGAAGCCACUCUCGGGGUCUAGGACUGCCAAUCUAGAGGCCAAACUUGAUUGGGUUAUUUCUGCAUUUGAGAAGGGUGGUGUCAAUCCCGGUCUUCGUCCAGAUUUGGACCCUCUAAACCCAGGACAAACUCGACGAGAUGACCAAACCCAAUCUACACCAACCAUUCAAACCCCAACUAGUAUUUCUUCUCUUUCAACUGUCGAGGAAGGACGAAACCCUGUACUUUGUACACCCUCGUAUGAUAGGGAGAUCUUGUCCCUGAUCCAAAUCCCGCCAGGCAUGGCUCAGAAGUGUCUCGACCAGUUCUGCACUCGGAACUUGCAAUAUCUCCCCUUUGUUCAUAUUCCACCCGACAUGACCUCUGACAAAUUGCGACAGACAUAUCCAUUUCUUUGGAGAGUUAUGCUCGACAUUGUGCCGAGCAUGGAUCUUCUCCUUGGUAUUAUGACUUUUGUAUCAUGGGUUACAUACACUAAAAGGCCAUUUCUCAAUGUCUACGCACACGUGCUAAUGGCUGUUGUUGCCGAUCUUGGGAUUAAUAAAAGUGAACCAGAUGCAAAUUCAGCCAUGAAAUCUUUUAAAGUCGCUAUUGGAAUGAAGCAAACCCCUCCCACAGCUAGAACACUGGAAGAGAGGAGGGCUGUGCUGGGAUGUUUUUUGAUUUCAUCAAGCUAUACUAUCAGCGCUGCAUUGGCAAUGUCCAGGAUUGACCCUAUGCGAUGGACACCGCACAUGGAAGAAAGUCUUUCAAUACUCGCCGAGGCGAAAGACUGCCCCCAAGACGAGCUCCUGAUUGUACAAGUCAAGAUUCAUUUGGUCUUAGAUAAGGUCUAUCAACUCCAGCGGGAUGGCGAAGCAUCUAUUUCCCUAGCCUUCUAUCUGGAUGCCUUCAGAAAACAAUUAGACACAGUGAAGAGCCAAGUUCCGCCUCAUCUCCAACAACACAGAGUCAUACUUAUGUGUCUCUAUAAUGCCGAAAUCAUAAUCAACGAAAUAUCAAUGGGGGCCCCCGCCAUUGCAAAUUUGCCCGAUUUCCAUCGCCUUGAUAGCCUCUACACCUCUCUCCAAGCAUCAAAAGGCUGGUUAGAUGUAUGGCUGGAGCUUGAAGGAGAGGAGUAUCUACAGCUCUCAUGUGUCAUCUUUUUCCAAUUCACUCGAGCUAUUGUCACCUUGUACAAGCUCACCGUUUUGGACGACCCGGUAUGGUCCAAGACUAUGGUCAGAGAUACCGCGAAUAUCCUCGAAUACUUGAACAGGAAUGAAGCUGUCAUCAGGAAGUGCCCGGAUUAUAUCACUUUCGACGAAAGCAAGGAAAUGAAUCUCCUCGAAAAGGGACUGGGAAUAAUUCAAGGCAUGCGAAUGAACUGGGAGCCGAAAUUGACAGAAAUGUGGGGUAUACCCGCGAAUAAUGGGAUUGAUAGUGGCAUGGUCCAGUCUGAUGCCAUACUCCCUGAUAUUAUGCCUUUUGGUGGGAUUGAUGAGUCCUGGAUGAUGGAAUUCCUUGGGCAGUAUCACUACAAACUCAAGAAGCUCCAUGAUAAGUACGGAGAUGUAGUUCGGACAGCGCCCAACUCUCUUGUCUAUCGCAGCUCACAGGCGUGGAAAGAUAUCUACGGCCACCGCAAAUCUGGAGCUGGGUCGUUCCUGAAAGAUCCCAAAUUCUACCUGCAGGGACCAAGAGGGCCAAACCUUAUAAAUGCCAACGACGAAGUCCAUUCAAGAGGAAGAAGACUGCUCUCACAUGCCUUCUCUGAAAAGGCACUGCGCGAGCAAGAAAGCCUAGUUCAGUCAUAUGUUGACAUGUUGGUGGAGCGACUGAAGGGGACGAUUUCAUCACAGGAGACAGUCGACAUGUCUCAGUGGUACAACUUCACCACAUUUGACAUCAUCGGAGACCUGGCCUUUGGCGAGCCCUUUGACUGCCUACGGGAAAGCCAGUACCACCCAUGGGUUAAAGUGGUCUUUGUGAGCAUGAAAGUGCUAGCAUUAUCGCGACCACUAUUGGUCUAUCCUUUUUUGGCACCGAUUGUCAGGAUGCUUCUCCCGAAAAGACUCACGAAGAUGCGCGAAGACUCCUUUGCUUUGGCAUCAAACAAAGUCCAUCGCCGAUUGGAGGCCAAGGUUGAACGGCCGGAUUUCAUGAGUUACAUCUUGCGAUAUAAUGAUGACAGAUCCAUGACUAUACGGGAAAUGGAAGCAAAUGCGGCUUUGUUGAUCCUCGCUGGGAGUGAGACGACCGCUAGUCUACUCUCCGGAUUCACCUAUUAUAUCAUGGCAAACCCCCCGGCCUAUCGGAAACUCAUGGAUGAAAUCCGAACUUCGUUCAAAUCUUACGAAGAUAUUGAUUUCCAAAGAGUUGGUCAUCUGACUUACUUGAAUGCAGCACUCGAGGAAAGUCUACGGGUCUAUCCACCCGUCCCGGCUGUUAUCCCGCGGGUUGUACCUAAGGAGGGUGCAUUGAUCGAUGGGCAAUUCAUUCCAGAGAACGUAUGUCCCUACUUUCAAGUAUGA